AUGGCGUUCCACUUUAACUGGCCGUCGUUCAGCCCAGAGUUUAUUGAACAAUCGAGGCAGUUGCUAAAUAGUGCUCUGAAUAAAAGAACUGAACCUGGGCACACAGGUGAGGGAGAGAAUGAGGAACAUCGCGGUGGUGAUAUUGGUGCACCAGAAUUAGAGAUUCUUGAAAUUGGGGAAUUAGCACUUGAUAAGUUUCGAGGCAUAUUCAAAUUAACAUAUAGUGGCGAUGCUUAUUUAGUGUUACAGACCAAAGUUCAGGCUAAUCCAAUGAAUAAUAACAAAUUAGAAACAACUUCAUACACGCGUCGUGGUAUUCUAGCAGCCGAUCAACCAUUAGUGGUACCGAUGCUUUUACGAUUGAGCAAUUUGAAAUUAAGAGGAAUUGUUGUAUUGGUGGUUAGCAAACAAAAAGGAAUCACGCUGGUUUUCAAGAAUGAUCCAUUGGAAAGCGUUGAUGUUUCGUCAACUUUUGAUAGCGUGAUCAGUGUACAGCGAUUUCUGCAGACGGAAAUCGAAAAAAGGCUUCGGAUAAUGUUUCAGGAGGAUUUACCAUCGAUAGUUCAUCAAUUGUCCCUACAGAAAUGGUUGAAUAAUGAUAAGAAAAAUAAUGGUAGCUGCAACAUCAAUGAGAAGACUUUGGAAAAAUCCAAUUCACCUUCUAGAUCCUCGUCUACCACCACAUUUUCUUCUUUUGAACGGAGCCCAUUUAUUGAGCACCGCACUAGUGCUUUUAAUGACUACUUUACGGAGAGUGAUGCUCUUCCAUAUGAGACGAUGUCAAUGCCUGAGCUUAGUGGUGGCGGUGGUUAUUUUUCUCCAUCAUCAACACCCAGUUCUGAAUUAUCCGCAAACACGUCGCCCGAUGCAUCCUUUUACGCAGAAGACGGAUAUUCGAUGAUGGGUGGUGAUCUUGAAUCACUUGACGGAUUUUCCGCGUACUCGACUUACUCCAAUUUUGGCGAACUAUUUGAUAAGGAGAAAGGACUAAAAGCGAUAUCCCAACAAGAUAAAAGUAAUCAAUUACUGGAUUCAAGUCGACCGCGUGUAUUACAUCGUCAAGGAUUAGCAGCGACUGCUGGAAAGCCACCACAAGAACGAAGAGAAUGUUCACAAAACGCCACAACAACAGCAACAGCAAGAAUUCGUUCUACAGCCAUCAGAAACAUCGGUUGCUGCCCAACUCGCAACUUUAAUGAAUUCCAAUCACACAAUCUCACCGUACACUCGCACCUUACAACAUCUCACCUUUCGAUCUUAUCCACAUCCAAUCAACAAAAAACCGUCAAAUAA